AAAGAAUUAACUAAAGAUAUUGAAGAACAAAAUUUAACAAAAGAUGAAAUUUUAGUUAAAUAUAAUAGUGAAAUUAAAAUAUUAACAGCAACAACUAAAGGAAUUGAAGAUAUUUAUAAUGCUUUUCAAAAUAUAAACAAAAGACUAAUACAUAAAAGAUGUUGGAAAACUUGUAAUAUUUAUAUUUAUGGUGUUCCCAGAACAGAAAAAUCAUAUUUAGCUCAAAUAUUAUUUCCAGAUGCAUAUAAUAAAUCAAAUAAAAAUGGAAAGUGGUAUCCUAAUUUUAAUAAAAAUAAUGAACAUGAUGUAGUAAUUUAUAAUGAAUUUUCUGGAAGUGAUCUUAAAUAUACAAAAUUAUUAAAUUUAUUAGAUAGACGAGAUUUUUCAGUUCAAUUUAAAGGUGGUAAUGUAAAUUAUGCGCCAAAAGUACAAGUUUUUACAGCAAAUUCAUCUCUAAGAGAACAAUAUACUUAUUAUAAAGAUAUACCGUUUGUACAAUAUAGUAAUAGAUAUAAAGUAACAAACAGAAAAUAUUACUCAGCAGCAAGUGAACAAUUUGAUUAUAUAAUUGAAUAUUUUAAAUUUAGAGAUGAUAACAAACAACUAUGUAAUAAUGAAUAUUUAUGCUGCAAAGUUCGCAGAAUUUUUCACAAAGGAUCAUAUAAUAACUUUAUAAAUCUUAGAUUCGAUAUAGAAUUUAAUAGUGAUAUAACUAUUGAAAAAGCUGAAGAAAUUAUCUAA